AUGGAUCCACAGUCUCAAAAUCCAGUCAUCUGUGAUGAUGGUGUAACUUACCUGUUUAUACAACACAACAAUAUUUACUUGAUGACUGCGUGUAGGCAGAACUGUAAUGCUGCCAGUCUGUUGCUUUUUCUUCACCGUGUAGUUGAUGUAUUUAAGCAUUAUUUUGAAGAAUUAGAAGAGGAAUCACUGAGAGACAAUUUUGUUGUUGUGUACGAGUUACUUGAUGAAAUUAUGGACUUUGGUUUCCCUCAGUACACUGAAGCAAAGAUCCUUAGCGAGUUUAUAAAGACUGAUGCAUAUAGGAUGGAAGUUGCUCAACGUCCUCCCAUGGCUGUUACAAAUGCAGUGUCAUGGCGUAGUGAAGGCAUACGCUAUAAAAAGAAUGAGGUUUUUUUGGAUGUGGUGGAAAGUGUCAAUAUUCUUGUCAACAGCAAUGGGCAAAUAAUUCGUUCAGAUGUUGUUGGAGCUCUAAAGAUGAGAACAUAUUUGAGUGGUAUGCCUGAGUGUAAGCUUGGCCUAAAUGAUAGACUACUAUUGGAAGCCCAAGGUCGGGCAACAAAGGGGAAAGCCAUUGACUUAGAUGAUAUCAAGUUUCACCAGUGUGUACGGCUGGCUCGUUUUGAAAAUGAUAGGACAAUCUCUUUCAUACCUCCUGAUGGAUCAUUUGAUCUUAUGACAUACAGACUCACUGCUCAGGUGAAACCACUAAUAUGGGUGGAAGCUCAGGUUGAAAAGCAUUCUAGAAGUCGUAUUGAAAUCAUGGUAAAAGCUCGUAGUCAAUUUAAAGAACGCAGGUAACAAUCUUUUCAUUUUC